CCGGAGCGGGAGCGGGAACAGCACCGGGAACGGGCAGCGAGCGGGAACGGCACCGGGAGCGGGCCGGGCUCGGGAACGGCACCGGGAGCGGGCAGCGAGCGGGUCCCGGCGCUCUGCUCGCCCUGGGAUGAUCCCGUGCCAGUGGGAUGGACGGGAGUACCUUGCCAGCUGUGGCAGAAGAGCUCUUGAGAGAGAUCAAAAAGGCUUUUCAGGAGACCUCACAGGUGCCUGAUGACCUGCUGCUGGGGCUGAAGUUCGUUUUUGGCCCAUCUGCAGUCCCAGCUCUGGAUUUGGUGGAUCAGCGUUCUGUCACCCGGAUGAGGUCCCCCAGUGGAAGGAUUCUCUACCAGGUCCUUGGGAGCUCAGGCAAACUCUACACCUGCUACAGCUCCUGCCACUUCUGCACCUGCCCUGCCUUUGGGUUUUCUGUGUUGCAGAAGAGUGAGAGCCUUCUGUGCAAACACAUCCUGGCUGUCUACCUCAGCCAGGCCAUGGGAGCCUGCCAGGAGCUGGCUGUGUCUGAGGAGCAGCUCACAAACAUCCUCCUGGCUGAGGAAGAGGAUGAAGGAUGAAGGAUUUGGAUCACUCCUGGCAUUUUUAAUAUCUACAAGGCUGUCAAAUGCUCAUUUAGGCUGGUAGAUUUCUUCCUGUGCUGCAGCCAAGUGUGACAUUAAUUAGCAGCCUGCCACUGAUAAAUUAAUUAAUUAGGCCUGUGUUGACUUCAGUAUUGUUUAUUUAUGCUGUUUUUGGGAUUUCUGAAGAUGUUUGAACUAAUCUGUAAUAAUUGUGAUGUGAGGUUGCAAACCUGCAGGUGUCUGUGAUCCACAGAUUAAAGAGCUGCUGUGGCUCUUUGCAGGUGGCAGCUCAGAGGAAUUUCUGAUUUUUCAGUGGCAAACCUGGUCCAGGGACUAGGGCAGGGACCCCUCAGCACCCUGAGACUGGUGACAGCUCUGUGCCUCCAAUGGAACAGGAUCCUUGGAAGCAUCAAGGUGGUUGCUGUGCUUUAAAUCAAACACUUUCAAAUGCACUGAGCACCUCAAGGCUGCUUCCCUGGGAGCCAGCUCCUUCCAGCUGUGAUUCCCUGUCCAUGCUCUGUGCCCCCUGAGGGCAGUGUGGCCUCUGGUGCUGCAUCAGCCACCAGAAAUAAUGGGGCACAGGCUGAGCCAGGUGGUGUGGGUGGUAAAUGAAGCAUUUUGUAUGUGAAUAACAGUUCCUGCAAAUACAAAAUCUCAGCAACAUGAGGAGAACACUUUCAUCCAUGUACAACAGCUCAAUGGCCACAGCUGCACUGGCUACAGAAAGUUCCUCUGCUGCUUUUGCUUCACAUUUUUAUAGAAACCUUCAGAGCUUUUAAUUGAGGGGGGCAAGGAAGGUGUUCUAUUUUUAUUCUGCCUUGCAAUGUCUUUGGCUCAGAUCCACAAAGGCACUUCCUGUGCCCAGUGCCCAUGACCUGGGCCAGAGUUAAUGCCUGACAGCCCAAAGGCACAGCUGGCCUAAGGAUGCUCCACGUCCAUCUGCAGGAAUUCUGGCUCAUGAGAGGCAUGGGAAGGGAGCAGUGGUGGAUACUGAGCUGCACUGGAAGCUCUCACAUGUGGACAGGUGUUGGUGUUAUAGCACUGAGAGUUUCACUCUGUUGCUGCUGUGAGAGUUUGGGUCCGUUUCAGGCAGCCAAAGGGAGAGAUUCCAUCCUUUGCUGUGAGGAUAAAUGUGGCUUGCAACCACUUGGCAACACUGCCAGGGCUGCAGGUGAAACCCUGCUGGUUUCCAGCCCUGAUUAACAGGAGGAACACGGCCAAAGAUAACACAGAGGGGAAGGGAUGGAGGGAGGAGAGAGCCAGGCCCUGCCCAGAUGGCAGGAGGUGGCCCAGGGUCAGCUGGCCCCUGAGCAAGGCAGAUGCAGCAAAGCUGAACGGGGCUGGUAAAGGAGAAGCACUUGGGACAGGGACUUGAACUGCUCAGGCUCGUGCUGGAAGUGCCCAUAUCUGAGACACUGAGCUGUAGCUAAAUUUGGACAUUGCAUAAACAUGUGCAAACCCAUCCAGAGCUCUCGGGUGAUUUCACCCAGGUCUGGGGCUGAGCUGCAGUGAAAUCCAGCACUCCCAGGGAACCAUUCCCUGUGCAUGGUGGACCCAGAGUCAUUCCUGCAGCUGCUGCCUGCAGCUCUUGCCAGCUGGCAGAGGAGAUGCUGCAGGAACAAGAUUUCUUCAGUUUUUCAAUUGAUUUUACACAUAUUUGUUAUUAUAUAUGCCAGAGAAAUGAAACUCUUGGGAUCUUGCACCCCCCUUUUAGUGCAACAGAAUUAAAAAAAAAUAUAGAGUUGA